ACCUCUUCAAAUCUCCUGCCACCUCUCCUGCGCAUCACAUUCCAGUUUCACCUGCACUCGGGUCAAACGGAAGCCAUGCAUCGUCGCCUUGUGCUGUUGGCCCUCCUGGCGUUCGCCUCCCGCUGCUGUGGAGGCAGGUGGCGUAGCCCCAGCGCAGGGCUGGAGAAGGACAAGAUGAUGCUGAUGUUUCGAGAUUUUAUGAAAACUUACAACAAGACGUACAAGGAUCACAAAGAGGAGAUGCGUCGCUUUGAGAUCUUCGUGGAGAACAUGGAGGAAGUGAGGAUGCUGCAGGAGACAGAGGAAGGAACGGCGAGAUACGGUGUCACCAAAUUCAGUGACCUCUCAGCUGACGAGCUCACAAUCGGAAGUUCUAAGGCUUUGCCAAAAAUAUAUGUGAAAGAGUGAACUUGCAUAACAACGUAACACCUCUUCCUAAGGAGAAGGACUGGAGGAAGCAUAAUGUGACACCUGUCAAGGACCAGC